GUGGUGUAAGGCGGCCGCCGGACGUGUCGUUGGUGUGUUGCGCGACUGGGCCUAAGAGUGGACUGGCCUGUGUGCCCGUGAAGAUAACGCAAUGUCGAUCGAAAUUGAGUCCUCGGAUGUGAUCCGUCUUAUCAUGCAGUACCUGAAGGAGAACAGUUUACAUCGGGCGUUAGCCACAUUGCAGGAAGAGACUACCGUGUCUCUGAAUACCGUGGACAGCAUUGAGAGUUUUGUGGCUGACAUUAAUAGUGGCCAUUGGGAUACUGUUUUACAGGCUAUACAGUCUCUGAAAUUGCCAGACAAAACUCUCAUUGACCUCUAUGAACAGGUUGUUUUGGAAUUGAUAGAGCUGCGUGAAUUGGGGGCUGCCAGGUCACUCCUGAGACAGACCGAUCCCAUGAUCAUGUUAAAACAAACACAGCCAGAGCGGUAUAUUCAUUUGGAGAACCUCUUGGCCAGGUCUUAUUUUGAUCCUCGUGAGGCAUACCCGGAUGGAAGUAGCAAGGAGAAGAGAAGAGCAGCCAUUGCCCAGGCCUUAGCUGGGGAAGUCAGUGUGGUGCCUCCCUCUCGUCUCAUGGCAUUGCUGGGACAGGCACUGAAAUGGCAGCAGCACCAGGGGUUACUUCCUCCUGGCAUGACAAUAGAUUUGUUCCGAGGCAAAGCAGCUGUCAAAGAUGUGGAAGAAGAAAAGUUUCCUACACAACUGAGCAGGCAUAUUAAGUUUGGUCAGAAAUCACAUGUGGAGUGUGCUCGAUUUUCUCCAGAUGGUCAGUAUUUGGUCACUGGGUCUGUUGAUGGAUUCAUUGAAGUCUGGAACUUUACGACUGGAAAAAUCAGAAAGGAUCUUAAGUACCAGGCCCAGGAUAACUUUAUGAUGAUGGAUGAUGCUGUCCUCUGCAUGUGUUUCAGCAGAGAUACAGAAAUGUUAGCAACUGGGGCCCAAGAUGGAAAAAUCAAGGUAUGGAAGAUUCAAAGUGGACAGUGUUUAAGGAGAUUCGAAAGGGCACACAGUAAAGGUGUCACCUGUCUAAGCUUUUCUAAGGAUAGCAGUCAGAUCCUUAGUGCCUCUUUUGACCAAACAAUUAGAAUUCAUGGUUUAAAAUCUGGGAAAACCCUGAAGGAAUUUCGUGGCCAUUCCUCCUUUGUUAAUGAAGCAACUUUUACACAAGAUGGGCAUUAUAUUAUUAGUGCAUCCUCUGAUGGCACUGUAAAGAUCUGGAAUAUGAAGACCACAGAAUGUUCAAAUACCUUUAAAUCUCUGGGCAGCACCGCAGGGACAGAUAUCACUGUCAACAGUGUGAUCCUGCUUCCUAAAAAUCCAGAGCACUUCGUGGUAUGCAACAGAUCAAAUACAGUGGUCAUCAUGAACAUGCAGGGGCAGAUCGUCAGAAGCUUCAGCUCUGGUAAGAGAGAAGGUGGUGAUUUUGUUUGCUGUGCCCUGUCUCCCCGUGGUGAAUGGAUCUACUGCGUAGGGGAGGACUUUGUGCUCUACUGUUUCAGCACAGUUACUGGCAAGCUGGAGAGAACUUUGACAGUUCACGAGAAGGAUGUGAUCGGUAUCGCACAUCACCCUCAUCAGAACCUGAUUGCCACCUACAGUGAAGAUGGGCUUCUAAAGCUCUGGAAACCCUAAUCCCACUUUGCUUUUACAACUCGCUUGAGAGCAUGUACUUAAGUGAAGACAUAUUCAUGUAUUGCUUUUUUUCUUUCUAGGCGACCUUUUCUAAGCAAUUGUCUUAAUUAGGCACAAGAAUAACUUUGUGAAAAUUCAUGUCCAAGUAGCAGUUACCCUUUUUAUAUUUUUUUAAAGAUAUUUGUUCAUCUGUUUCUAAUUGGGGCAGACAUUAAUAUUUUCAGUAGUCUACAUGGAGAGUGAAGUACCGCUGUUUCUAGAAGAGAAUUCUCCUCCUUUGAUUAUUUGAAAUGGUGAUUAAAAGUAUUUCCUGCAGUAAAAUUGUAAAUAAGUAACUAUGCCAUAUCCAGUAGCUCUUUGCUGAUCCAUUCUUUUUAGAUGUUAAUAAACUUUACACCUUUUUGGAGGCUUUGUUUUUAAA